CACCUGGGGACAAAGGUGCGAUGGGAAUCCCUGGGCGGCCGGGACUAAAGGGGCAAUCUGGAGAGAAGGGUGCUCCAGGAGAAGCUGGCAUGUCCAUCAUCGGCCCCCGUGGUCCACCCGGACAGCCUGGAACAAGAGGUUUUCCUGGAUUCCCGGGCCCUAUUGGCUUGGAUGGCAAACCGGGGCAUCCUGGACAGAAGGGAGAGAUGGGUGCUGCAGGUCCCAGGGGACAACCUGGACCCCCAGGACAAAAAGGAGAGAAGGGUCAGUGUGCAGAGUACCCGCACAGGGAGUACCUAAGUACCACACUUGCAGCCCUGCGCUCUAACCAGAUCCUUACGCUGAAGGGUGAACAAGGACAGGCGGGGAUCCAAGGUCCCCCGGGGCCCCCUGGUCCACCAGGGCCCCCUGGACCAGCUGGACCCGAAGGAAUCCCAGGACGUCCUGGGCCAGUUGGACCCCCUGGCAGAGCAGGAGAACCUGGAAAGCCUGGCAGAGAUGGAAAGGGCUUACCUGGGCCUCCUGGACCAAAGGGGGACACUGGGAUUCAGGGAUACCCUGGCAGAAAGGGGGAGAGAGGCAUGCCAGGGCUGCCAGGAAGACAUGGCUCUAAGGGCGCUCCCGGGGUGGCGGCCGCAGGGAUGAAGGGCGAGCCUGGGACUCCAGGAGAAAAGGGAGAUUCUGGAGUGCCAGGGAGGAUGGGCCCCCCAGGUUUGCCAGGGAAGAGGGGGCAGCGGGGUGAGAAGGGACGAGCUGGUGACCCUGGAAUUCCUGGACUUCCUGGCCCAAAGGGAGAGAAGGGAAUUGCUGAGAAUGCCUUGGUGGGAGCUAAAGGAGAACCUGGCCCUCCAGGUCUGCCUGGACCCCCUGGACCAAAGGGAGAAGCAGGUGACAUUGGUCAGCCUGGUGCUACAGGAUCCCAGGGAGAAAAGGGGGAACGUGGUUCACCAGGAGACCAGGGACCCGUGGGCCCAAGGGGCCCCAAAGGAGAGCCUGGCAAGGAUGAAAUGAUGGACUAUGAUGGGAACAUCAGUGAAGCUCUCCAGGAAAUACGAACUUUGGCUUUGAUGGGACCCCCAGGACGUCCAGGUGUGGCUGGACCUCCAGGGCCACCAGGACAGAAGGGUGAAAUUGGCUUGCCAGGUCCUCCAGGCCACGAUGGAGAAAAGGGACCACGUGGCAAGCCUGGAGAAAUGGGCCCUCCUGGGCCUCAGGGCCUGCCAGGGAAGGAUGGACCUGCUGGGAUGAAGGGAGAACCAGGCCAUGCUGGGGGCAGAGGAGAGAAGGGUGAGAAGGGAGAUCCAGGACAAGCAGGCUCCCCGGGUCUGGAUGGCCCCACUGGAGAGAAGGGCGAACAAGGUGACCAAGGGAUACCAGGACCAUCAGGAUUGCCAGGGCCCAUUGGACUUCCAGGAUUGACAGUGUCUGGGCCCCCUGGACCCCAGGGCCCUCCAGGACCUCCAGGCCUUCAGGGUGUCCCAGGACCCAAGGGGGAAGCAGGGAUUGAUGGAGUGAAAGGAGAGAAGGGUGCCCAGGGUGAAAAAGGAGACAGAGGGCCACUGGGAUUACCCGGUGCUUCAGGUUUAGACGGCAGGCCUGGACCAGCGGGUAUUCCAGGACCAAUUGGGGCUUCGGGACCAGCAGGACCAAAAGGAGAGAGGGGCAGUAAAGGAGAUCCUGGAGUUGCAGGACCAAUGGGGCCAGCAGGGCUUCCUGGUUUACAAGGCCUACCUGGUGACAAGGGAGUCCGGGGGGAGAGGGGCAAGAAAGGCUCUAGAGGGUCUAAAGGGGAUAAGGGAGACCAAGGAGCACCUGGAUUAGAUGCACCCUGUCCGUUGGGAGAAGAUGGCCUUCCAGUUCAAGGCUGCUGGAAUAAGUGAUGAUUCUAACCCUGGACUGACCUGUGUGUGUUACUGUACAUAGAAUAUUUAUUUUUAUACGGUGUUCUUCUCUGAAAUGCCAAAAGUUAUGCAUUUUUACAAAUUAUCAAAAAGUGGCAUAUUUUUUUGUACAGAAAAUACUAGAUCUCCCUUUUUCCCGAUUUGUCAGUUCUCUGUAUGAUUCUAUGUUUGCAUUACGCUUGUUUUGUCAUGGAGUACAGCUGUAAUAUUUACAUGAUACUUGUGCACACAUGAUGAAUAUAGGAACUUAAUAAAUUAUUGCAUUUAAAGUGCCCAAAGGAACUGCCCUGUAUAGAUUUAAAGGUCAUUUUCAUUUUUCAAGCUGGAUCAUUCAAGAAUAUUUCAGAAUAUUAUGUAUUUUUUAUUAAAGUGAAAUAUUAACACUUCUGUUGUGAUGAAUUAAAGUGUUGCUGAAAAACCUCCUGGUAGUCCCUGUGCACUGGGAGUGCAGAGACACCAUGACCUGGAAUAACCCUCACGACCAGGAGCCCUGGUUGGCAAGAAAUUCUCAUCCCUUUCUAAAUUGUAGGAUUUCAAGCAGCUUAAGUCAAGCCUUAUUUAAAAUUAAGCAUAAUACAGCAUAUCUUGAUAUCCUAACAAAUGUUUGUAAAAUCAAUCCACGUGGCUUUUUAAAAUGUUAACCAAAGGUCGCAUGCAAAUUUGCUAGUGUGUCAUUUUCAUUUGCAUAUGCACAUCUUAGUUAUCCUUCCUGACCUACCUUUGCUGAUGUCUCAAGUCUAAACUACCCAGAGAGGAAAACACCACCAGACUGAAGUGAGCAUAACAGUGUGCUUUCCUUAGGAUAUGAGGGGAAAAGUGGGAGCCUAAAUCUGUUCCCUUAAACACAUCCACUUGCCUUGGCCCUUCACACAGGGGGCAAAGGCAGUGCAGGAGUCUCAGGGGAAGCUGCCAGUGUUUAAUGAUCCCAAAGGAGAAGCACAAGUGCUGAUGUUUUAGUGAGACUGAUCCACUCAAGUCCUGCUCUUUGCAUGAUGCUGCCACUCCAGCAGGAAUUCGGCUCCUCCUGGCUACAGCUGUGCCAGUGGAGGGGUCACCACCAUGAUGCUCCCUAUACUCAACUGUUCAUUUGUUCACAAACUAUUAUCAGGUAAUUUUCCAGAUGAUUCCAAGCAGCCUUUUAGCACCGUCAUAAUAAAGUGACAGAGUAAGGGAUGUAGUUCCCUUGAGCACAGGGAAAGGUCUGCUGGGGACUGCCCAAGGAUCCCAGGCCAGCAUCUGACUGCUGCAAUCCAUGUGUCACUCGCCCUUUCAGAAAUGUUUUGAAUUUCAGCUGAAAACCAGGGAGUUUUCCACUGCCCUGUGUCCUUUCCCUCCCUGCCCUGCAGGCUGUUCCGACUCCAGUGCCCUCACAGUUAGGAAACUCCUUGCAACUUUCGACCUAAACUAAUUCAUUGUAUUUACAACCAUUUGUUCUCAUGCCAACAUUGUCCUUGGGAUGAAACGUUUCCAUGCAUGAUGUUUUCAUGAGAUGCUUGGUGUGCUGGAGCUGAAACAGCACAGAAAGAAAAUGAACCACAGAGCACUGAGGGAUUCUAAUCUCUGGUUUUCUCAGUAAUACAUGUCGUUAAUAUAAGCCCCAGCUCCCUGUUAAAAGGCUUUGCAGCUGUGAAGCUGAGCUAAUUGGAACAGCUAAUGGUCCAAUUGUGUAUUAAUUGCACACCUGUCAAAGCAGUUACCCAAGUCCUAGCCAGGUGUACUCCUUGUGCUUAGGAUUUGGAAGGUUGUAGCAGCAGCAGUGAGUUCCUGCUCUGAUCUUGAAGGUAGGGUGUCUGAAUGCUUCAGUCCCUUCUACAAAUCCUGGCUAAUCCUUAAGAAUACAGAGAUCCUUAGGAGAAGUUGCCAAUGCUCCCUGUUCCCUUUGGUCUGUGUAGCAUGGUUUUGGUGUAGCUGCUUUUUGUGAUUGCACUACAUGGGAUUGUUGUUGGUUGUUUUUAUGUGAUCCAAGAGCAAAGCAAGUGUGCAUCUACCACCUUGUUCUGACGCAGCUCCUAAAGGUUAAGGACUCUCAAGGUGAUGCUGUAUCUGUUUUAUUUCUUGGGCUGUUUUUUGACUGCUCUGUUUGUGAGAAAGCUCUUGCUUGAGGUGUAAGGGAGCUUGAAGUGAAGUUGCCAGAACUCUUGAUACUACCUGACUUGGGUCAGCAAAGAUUUUCCUACUACAGGGAAAAUGUGCAGGGUACCCACUCGUUUAAGGGUUGGAAAGAUGGUGAUAAAUGUUCCCUGUGGCUGUGGUGGAUUAUAGCCUGGGAUCUUACCUGAAGUACUAGAUAACCAUUUUGGAUUGCUGCUCCACAGCCCCAAUACUGAUAAAAUCUCAUCAGCCCCUGGGGGUAGACAAGAGGGUUCAAGUCGUGAUGCUGCACUGACCUGCAGCUCUUCCCAAACCUAAGCUCCCUACAUGUCAAAAGAAACCCAAGCAGGGCAGUUGGGCUUGUACCACCCUGAGUGUGGCAAUUUGUUUCAGGCUCUGUCCCUACUAAAACCUGUAACCAGGCUGCUGUUGCUGUGUGUUCCUGUCAAUUCUGCCUGUCUGUUUUCACAUGAAACCUUCUGUUGCCACUUCAAGGGCCAAACUCCUUGGCUGAUAGCCAGAAAGUGAGUCUGAGGGUGGAGAAGCUUGGGAAAUGGCAGCAGAGGGAAAGGAGAAGGAGGACCUUCCUGAAGAUUUGCUGGAGAUGUUUUGCAAGUUCCCUCCCUGGAGCUUGGGAAGAGUUCCUCAGCAGUGCACCAGGAAUGUGUGCCCAGAUGCUGGGCCUGCAGGAGCUCGGCGUGCCAGCACUUUCUGCUUUGCUUUCUGUUUUCUUCCAGAGGCCAGUGGCAGGGGUUGAGAAUGGCACCAUUUAUAUUUUUUUUCUUUGGUCAUUUUCACUUCACUCUACUCUUGUGGUCAGACUCUUCAGAUGAAGAAUUAGGCUCGUUUUCCAGCAGCAGCUACAUAAAUGAGUGCAAGACAUAGACAAUAUUUGUGGGAGAGGAUCCUUUGAUCCAAGGAAGAAACCCUUCUUGAAGAUGUCUCUUUAGAAAAGCAGAGAAACCCCAGGACUGUGUUCAGUCUAGAGUGCUGCUCAGAGAGGAUGUGAUAACACUUUUUGUUACCAUUUCUGGUUACCAGGUGACAGACUUCCACCUGUAUCAUUGAUGAUUCCGUCUUUAACCUUCUCAUCACAAACUUUUUUUCUCCCAUUUAAUUUUAAGGAAAUUACAUUGGUUUGUUUGGGUUUUUUUUAAAACCAUACUGGAUUCUGAAGGCAUGAAAUAUGUUUUCAGAAGAAAAAAAAGUGGAGUAUGGAAAAAGGCUGGUUUCACUAAUUCCUUUGCUUCCUGUACUUGAGCUUUGGUCUGCACUGCACCCUCUGGAUAUACUUUGUCUGGAGCCCUCCAGAAAUGUUUUCUGCUGGCCCAUUAAGGCCCUUUUGUGGGUACAUCUCCACAGAUGUACAUCCAGAUGGAAAAGAAGGAUCACAAAGGUUCAAUUCCACUGUUACAUGUUUUAAUAUGUUCACUAAAGGGAAAUAAAGAUUUGGCAAAGUUCUGAGGUUCA